AUGGCGCCGGCGACGGAAUUUCAGGGCUCGUUCCUGAGCCGAAUCAGUAUCCGCCGCAACCAGAUCGUCUCCAUGGAUGUCAAUCACGAGCAAGAGCUCGAAGAACUCGAGUAUUUCCAGAAACACGUAGCCGAGAGUUUCUCGGAGUUAAUAUCUCCGUUGCCGCCUUCUUCUUCCUCCUCCUCCGACGCCGCCUGUUCUCUGACAUCUGAUCAGAUUCUCUCGAUCCCUUGGCUACAGAAUGUCCUCCAUGUUUUUAUGUCCUGCGAAACGGAAUUCAAAGGGGUCCUGUCCACGAUUCAGAUCUCGAAAUCGCCGUCUUUAGAGAGGGUUUUGCAAGAAAUGCUUGAUCGGAUUCUAAAGGCGCUUGAUAUCUGUAACGCCGUCGUUAACGGCAUUGAAUCCGUUAGACAGAGCCGACGUCUGGCGGAAAUAGCAGUCACGGCGCUUAAACAACGGCCGUUAUGCGACGGAAGCGUUCGUAGAGCCAAGCGUGCGUUGACAAGCCUCCUCGUCGGCUUAAACGCCGACGGGAAAUAUAGAAGCAGCGGAAGUGGUGGCUGCAGCCGAAGGACAACGUCACGGUCGUGGUCGUUUGGACAGCGCAGCAGCGUCGCCGUAGGAGGAAGUGGAUCAUCUGGCCACGUCAGCAAGAAUUGGUCUGCGACGAAGCAGAUUCAGGCGAUGGUGGCUAAUAUGGUGCUGCCACGUGGAGCAGAAGCUUCGGGACCGGCGAUGCCGGUAUAUAUAUUGAGCAGUGCUAUGGUUCUGGUUAUGUGGGUGCUAGUUGCGGCGGUUCCUUGUCAGACAAGCAGCGUUCUUGUGGCGCCAUUGUCGCUUCCGAAACACCAGAGUUGGGCUAGCGCCGCCGUGAAUAUUCAGGAGAGGAUUGGUGAAGAGGUGAAACGGAAGGAGAAGCGUUGUGGUGGUGGGUUUACAGGGGGAUUGAUGGAGGAGAUGCAGAGGAUGGAGGGAAUUGGGUUAUCUUUGAUGGUAUUCACCGAGAAGUUUAGGUUUCCGGCGGAGGAAGAGGAGGAGAAAGUCGCGGAGAACGUGGAUGAGAUGGAGGAGAUUUGCCGGAGAAUGGAAGUUGGACUGGAGGAUUUGCAGAGACAAGUGAGAGAAGUGUUCCACAGAUUGGUGAGAAGCAGGAUAGAGAUUGUUUCAGUGCUUGAACAAGUUCCUGCAAUCUAA